AUGACGAAAACAGACGUGGUAAUCAUCGGGGCAGGAUUCUCCGGGAUUUGCAUGGCCAUCAAGUUGCUCGAGGCCGGAAUACGCAACAUCGUCAUCGUCGAGAAGAGCGCAGGCUUUGGAGGGACGUGGAAAGAUAAUAUAUAUCCAGGAUGUUGCUGCGACAUCUUGUCACACCUGUACUCGUAUUCUUUUGCACAGAACCCUCGCUGGUCUAGAGCAUAUCCAGAACAGCAAGAGAUUCUUGCUCCGCCACAGAGUUAUAUUCAAGACGUCGCCCAGAAGUACGGCCUGUACAAAGUCGUACGGUUCAGCUCAGAAGCCACGGCUGCAGAAUGGGACUCCGAAUCUCAUGAGUGGAACGUGGGCAUCAAGGUUCUAGCUGGGAAAGAGGCUGAAUUCUGCGCGAGAUACACAAUGAAGGCAAGCUUCUUGAUUGCCGGAGUUGGUCAGCUGAACGAGCCAUUCUGGCCCAGAAUCACCGGCCAAGAAAGCUUCCAGGGAAAGGUCAUGCACUCCGCUCGCUGGGACUGGAGCUAUGACUUUGCUGGCAAGCGUGUCGGCAUAAUUGGCAACGGAGCUACCGCCGUUCAAAUCGCACCUGAAGUCGCAAAGGUCGCUUCUCAUUUAAGCAUAUUUCAACGCUCACCGAAUUGGCUGAUGCCGAGAUUCGACGCGGAAAUUCCACGAUGGAAGAAGAUUCUAUUUGGUCAUGUGCCCGCAGUUCUUAGUCGGGUAAGGGCUGAGAUAAUGGAUGCUCGCGAAUCCUACUAUCAAGCUGUCAAUCACGCCGAUUCCUCCGACUCCUCAGCCAUGAGCGCUGUCUGUAAGCGGCACAUGCAGACUCAGCUCCCUGAUCGCCCAGAUCUGUGGGAGAAACUGACACCGAACUAUCCGCCAGGAUGUAAACGUAUUCUGCUCAGCGAUGAUUACUAUCCUACGUUGCGGUUGCCACAUGUUACUCUUGAGACACGACAUAUCGACAGGAUGACUGAUACCGGCGUCGUUGUGAGAGAAGGAUCACAAGAGAAAAAGAUUGAUCUUGACCUUGUCAUUUCUGCGACCGGCUUCCAAGCCAAGGAUUUUCUGCAUGGGAUUCACGUGCAAGGCGUGGGUGACCAGACUCUCAGUUCCAAAUGGGCAAACGGUGCAUCUGCUCUUUACGGCGUCACGGUAGAUAACCUGCCAAACUUUGGAAUGCUCUACGGACCCAACACAAACCUGGGCCAUAACUCAAUCAUUCUCAUGAUUGAAGCUCAGGCGCGAUAUCUCGUCCCAUUAGUAAAAAGAGUCUUGAGGAGCAGAGCCCGGGGGGGGAAGUUAUCUGUCAUGCCCAAAGCAUCAAGGGUCCAAGAAUGGAACAAAGAUCUGCAGAGGAGCCUGGGAAAUUCUACUUUCGCUGACCCCAGGUGUAGUAGCUGGUAUAAGACAGACAGUGGACUUGUCACCAACAAUUGGAGCGGAACUGUGGUGGAAUACCAGGAACUGCUGUCCAAGGUUGACUGGUCGGAUUACGAACUCGAGGGAGACGGGAUGGAGACUCUUCCAACUGGCAAGGAGCGUAUUGGCCGUGUCGUGGAGGAGACACGUUUUAGUACCCAACAACUCGUUUCGAUAACAGUUCUUUCGGCAUUGACUACAGCAGUCUAUGUCUAUCGUCAUCGUGGGGGUCGUUUCUUGAAGUACAUUUUGUAG